UCUUGUUCACAGUGCGUAAGCAAGAGAUCAUUAAGAUAACAGAGCAGCUGAUAGAAGCCAUCAACAAUGGAGAUUUUGAGGCUUAUACAAAAAUCUGUGAUCCUGGCUUGACCUCAUUUGAACCUGAAGCACUGGGGAACCUGGUUGAAGGAAUGGAUUUCCAUAAGUUUUACUUUGAGAACUUACUGUCAAAGAACAGCAAGCCAAUACACACGACCAUCCUGAACCCUCACGUCCACGUCAUCGGUGAAGACGCUGCCUGCAUCGCGUACAUCCGCCUGACGCAGUACAUCGAUGGCCAAGGCCGGCCCCGCACCACGCAGUCCGAAGAGACACGCGUCUGGCACCGCCGGGACGGCAAGUGGCUGAACGUCCACUACCACUGCUCUGGAGCUCCUGCAGCACCUCUCCAGUGAGGAUCAAAUACGGCAACUUGUGGAGAUACUCAGCUGGAGGGCAAUAUCUUCCUAGCAAGCAGCUCUGGAGUGCCUGAGUGACAGCAACGGUCAUGUCUGUUUUGACAUUAAAAAAAUAAAUACAAAUUACAAACAGGCAGCAGCCAAAUGCACGAAACCCUGCAUGCAUCUGAUGCUCCGGGCACUGCCUUUCUGUUGUUUUCCAUGGAUCCAUCGUGUCUGUUUCUGCUGUACGAAGGUGUUUUUAAAUCUAAAAAAAAAAAAAAAGACAUGUUGUUUGUAUAAAAUAAUAAAAAACAGGAAUAAUGCUAAAUAAAUGACAGAUUAUCCAACAUGCCCCCUCCCCCAGGGCUAAGAAAAUGGCAGCAGCUGGAACAUCUUUCAGAAAUGAAGUGAGGGGGAAAGCAAAAGUGAAGGAGAGAGAAAGAGAGAGGGAGAGCAAAAGAGGAGGCGGCUUGAGCAGCGGAUGGCUGAACUGUGCUCCACAAAGCCAUGGUGGAAGCUAAUACUGCAUUCAGGCUGUGCUGCAACUUCCGUCGGUGCGAGGAGGCGAGGAGACCCCAGAGGAGCCAGUGUGAAGACUGGGGUUCAAGAGAGAGGAGGCACUUCUCUUCCUGUUGCCCGGUAGUCUGACUUCAGCCUGUUUCUUCUUCAAUUUCUGCACAGCAAGAACGCUAUGGAAAGCUGGUUGCUCAGCUGCUGGAUCCCAAAACUGACUUU